UUCUUUUUUCCAUUUUUGUCUUCUUCUUUCAAAAUCACCAUUAUUUCUUGGAAACUCGGUCUCUAAUUAUUCCAUUUCAUUCCCUAUAUAAUCUUGCAAAUCAAACCACUCAAUCACCAAAAAUACAAUCCAAAAUUAGUUUUCUCUAAUCUUUACAUAUUAAUCCAAAAUGGGCAAGAUUACUGGCUCUAGUAAGCAACAUUUUCAAGAAAAUCUUGGUAAGAGUAUAAAACCUAUCAAGAACAAGAAAAAACCAAUCAAGAUUACUUAUAUUUCUAAUCCAACAUUGUUUCGAGCAACGAAUGCUUCCGAUUUUCGAGCAAUUGUUCAAGAAUUGACUGGCAAAGAUUCCAAAGUUUUAGAUUUUGCUUGUGAUGAUCAUAGUAAUGAAACUAGCCAAGGUCCUAGCAUUGAAACUCCAAGUUUGAAGAUUGAGAGUGACAUUACGGACGAUGUGUUUUCGAGCUAUACGUCGUCUUCUUCGUUAGAAAGCGUAGAAGAUAGUUUCUUUUGGAAAAAUGUUUCAGAAGGAUUCUUUGAUUUUAAUAAUACUAAUCAUGUUUUUGUGUGAUUUUA